AUGCUGGGAAAGCCUGAGCUAAAUUGGGAUGUGAAGGGUUUCUUGCAUCACUUCAAGUUUCCAGACUUUGACGACGCCAUCAACGACCAGAGUAGCAUGUGUGCCGUGCUUUGUGCUACUUUUGCAGGAGAUGUAAAGAUGCUGAAGCUGCUGUUGGAAAGUAGGGCAGAUGCAAAUUUCCGAUCUCAUGGGUUAGUGGACCUUGGCUACUCUGACAGCACAACGAUUUUAAUGGUUGCUGUGCAGUCUAAGCAACCGACAGCUUUGGUCACUACUCUUCUGGAGUUGCGCGCGGAUGUCAAUGGCAGAACUGACUAUGGCGGCACACCUUUGGGGCUUGCAAAGAGUCCCGAGCACGUCCGUGAACUCCUUCACUUCCGGGCAGACUUGCACGCUCAAUAUGAACCGCUGGGAUUAACCCCUUUGACGAGUGUCUGUGGUUCCGCAGAUCAUGAAACCGUGAAGGCCCUACUUGAAGCUGAUGCCGAUCCCAAUCCGGAGGUCUGCUGCUUGGGUAUCACCCCAAUACUCUCUGCAGUCACUUUUGCUCGUGCCAACCGCAACGCCGUAGAAAUCGUGGAGCUCUUGAUCAAGUAUCGGGCAAAUCCAAAUGUCCGUUCAAGGCAAACGGGGUUUUGGAUCCCUGUCACCUGGGCUGCCCGGGCUCAGGUGGCCCUCUUUGGCCGAGAAGCCUGCUCCUUCCCGACACGUGAGACAGCCAUGCUGCCAGGGGAGACCUCGUUGCUGAAAGCUGCAUCUCUUGGGCAUGAAGAGAUGACGGAGGCACUACUGCGACAUGGUGCGGAGAUGGUGCCCAACGAUCGCGGGGAAACUCCUCAAGGGCUAGCAGAAGCCAACGGACACUACCACCUUCGUAAGGUCUUCGAGACCUUUACAGUUUAA